CCUCAGUCAAAUGCUCGCGCCGCGUUCCUUGACCUGGAGCUUAUAUGUAUCACUGUUCGAGUUGCAAUAUGCCGAACUCAAUUUGUCGGAGAUGACUCUAGCUUGUUUAAUUCAUGAACGACUUGGGCUUAAGUUUGCUGUCUUCGACACUGAGGAGGCGUGCUGGAGCAUACAAAUGAUUUGCGUAGGACCGACUACUAGUAGUACGUAUCUCGAUGGAAGUCAUCCACCAGCAUUCAGAAAUUUUCAUUCGACUGGCUGCUCUCAUAUCUCACAAUUUUAGUAUCAACUACUGGAAUAUCUACAGAUUUCUGCCAUCACCGUUUUCUGCCAAUAGCAUGCAGAUACUCGUCAAAUGUCC